AUGCCUGAAGCCAUCGCCAUGCCCCAGAAGCGGGUUCUGGGCGACGCAACAAACACGAACCCCCGCGGCGCCGUGCAAUCAUCCCCCGGUAUGAAGAAACGCAAGAUCGAUAGUGAGCCUGCUGCUGCAGCCGUGAAACCAAGCCCAAGAACCCAAAAUGGUGCGGCGCUGCGGAAAGUUGGCGGCUCGAGCCAGCCGCAGAAAAGCCAGUUCGAGGAGGAAGUGCUGGAGAAAUUGACGCAGGAUAUCAGCGGGUUGAAGGAGAAUAACUCGGAGAAGGACCAGCAGUGGGAGCGGCCGCCGCUGGGCGCGUUUGAUCCGACGACGCAAAAUAUUUGUUUCCAGCAGAUCGAUGCUGAGGAGGGGACGACGAAUGGGGGGAGGGCCGCUAUUCGGCUUUUUGGUGUUACGGAGGUUGGUCAGUCGGUCUUGCUCCAUGUUACCGGUUUUCAGCAUUACAUUUACAUCGCUGCGCCCGUUGGCUUCACGAAAGAGGAUUGCGACCCGUACCGUGCUUUCCUCGAAACGAAACUGGCACACUUUACGACCGUCGUCGACUCUGUUCAAAUAGCGAUGAGAGAGAACAUUUAUGGAUUUCAGGGUAAUAAGAAGAGCUAUUACUUGAAGAUCACCGUCACGGAUCCGAAGCACAUCCCCAAGCUGCGAAGUGCUCUGGAGACAAAGGCCCAGACACUGAACUACAAGGGACUGUGGAACAAGUCUGAGCCUGGGAUCUUGACUUUCGACAGCAUCCAGUAUCUUCUCCGGUUCAUGAUCGACACCGGCAUUCAGGGUAUGUCCUGGGUUGAGGCACCGGCAGGAAAAUACAAGCUUCACGCGCCGGAGGACAAGGUUUCGAACUGUCAGCUCGAAGCGCGCAUCGACUAUCGUGAUCUCGUCGCCCAUCAACCGGUUGGUGAUUGGGCCAAGAUGGCGCCAUUGCGGAUUCUGUCCUUCGAUAUUGAGUGUGCGGGACGAAAGGGGAUCUUCCCAGAACCAAACCAAGACCCAGUCAUCCAGAUCGCCAACGUAGUGACUCGGUACGGAGAGUCGAAACCUUUCGUCCGAAACGUUUUUGUUUUGAACACUUGCAGUUUGAUCGUCAACACCCAAAUUCUGGAAUUCCAGCAGGAGGAGAAGAUGCUGAUGGCUUGGCGGGACUUUGUCCAAAAGGUUGACCCCGAUGUCAUUAUUGGAUACAACAUUGCCAACUUUGAUUUUCCCUAUUUAUUGGACAGAGCGAAGCAUCUCAAGUGUACCAACUUCCCGUACUGGACUCGACUAAACGGUAUGAGGUCUGAGGCUAGGGAAUCGAACUUCUCCAGCAAGCAAAUGGGCAACCGCGACACGAAGACGACGAAUACAAACGGAAGAAUACAGCUGGAUUUGCUGCAGCUCGUCCAGAGAGAUCACAACCUGCGAAGUUAUACCCUCAACUCCGUGUCAUAUGAGUUCCUUGGAGAACAGAAGGAAGAUGUCCACCAUACCAUGAUUACUGAGCUUUAUAACGGUACCCCCGAUUCACGGCGUCGGUUGGCUGUUUAUUGUUUGAAGGAUGCAUACCUACCACAACGGCUGAUGGACAAACUGAUGUGUCUGGUCAAUUAUACUGAGAUGGCAAGAGUCACGGGUGUCCCAUUUAAUUUCCUGCUCUCCCGUGGGCAACAAGUCAAGUUCCUCAGUCAGCUGUACCGUAAAGCGUUGGAGCAGCAGCUGGUGAUUCCCAACAUGAAAUCAACAGACGAGCAAGACUAUGAGGGUGCUACAGUCAUCGAGCCUGUCCGCGACUAUUACAAGGUCCCCAUCGCAACUCUCGAUUUCGCCUCUCUGUAUCCUUCUAUCAUGCAAGCGCACAACCUCUGCUACACGACUCUGCUCAACAAAAAUAGCGCCGCUGGGAUGGUCAAGGAUGAGGACUAUAUUGUCACCCCUAGCGGCGAUAUGUUCUGUACUCCGAAAGUACGAAAAGGUCUCCUUUCACAGAUUUUGGAAGAAUUGUUGGGUGCCAGAAAGAAGGCGAAGAAGGACCUUGCAUUUGCAACCGACCCAUUCAAGAAGGCCGUGUUGAACGGACGACAACUUGCGUUGAAGAUCAGUGCCAACAGUGUCUACGGUUUGACUGGUGCUACAGUCGGUAAACUACCGUGUCUACCGAUUGCCAGUAGUACGACGAGUUAUGGUCGUCAAAUGAUCGAAAAAACGAAGACCGAGGUCGAGGCCAAAUACACCAUCGCCAACGGCUACUCUCACGAUGCCAAGGUCGUUUACGGUGAUACUGACUCCGUAAUGGUGAAAUUCGGUGUGACGGAACUUGCUGAGGCUAUGAGACUUGGGCAAGAGGCGUCCGAGUACGUGUCCUCAAAAUUCAUCAAGCCGAUCAAACUAGAGUUCGAAAAGGUCUACUUCCCGUAUCUUCUCAUCAACAAGAAGCGAUACGCAGGCCUCUUUUGGACAAACCCGAACAAGUACGACAAAAUGGACACAAAAGGAAUUGAGACCGUUCGGAGAGACAACUGCUUGCUCGUCCAAAACGUCAUUGAGACUGUGUUGCAUAAGAUCCUGAUUGACCGCGACGAGGAAGCCGCGCAAGACUACGUAAAAGACACGAUUUCCGACUUAUUGCAGAACAAGGUCGAUAUGUCGAAACUGGUGAUUACGAAAGCCUUGACCAAGGAAGUCUAUACUGCUAAACAAGCCCACGUCGAGCUCGCUGAACGCAUGCGAAAGCGUGAUGCCGGUUCUGCGCCUACUCUUGGUGACCGUGUCGCGUACGUUAUCGUCAAAGGCGCUGCUGGUGCGAAGAACUUCGAAAAGGCUGAAGACCCAAUCUAUGUCCUUGAAAACAACAUUCCCAUUGACACACGAUACUACCUCGACAACCAACUCGCCAACCCUCUAGGCCGUAUUUUCGAGCCUAUUCUCGGAGAGAAGAAGGUGGGGCAACUGCUCCACGGAGAGCACACCCGGUCCAUCGCGAUGGCGGCGCCAACAAUGGGUGGGCUGAUGAAGUUCACCCAGAAGACGGAAACAUGCCUGGGCUGCAAGAAGCCGCUGAGAGGCAAGGACGUCAAAGCCGGCGCCGUGUGUGAGUCAUGUCGCCCUCGUCUCGGCGAACUCUAUACAAAGAGCCUGAACAAGAUGUCCGAUCUGGAGGUUCGUUUCGGACGGUUAUGGACGCAGUGUCAGCGGUGCCAGGGCAGUCUCCACUGCGAGGUCAUCUGCUCGUCUCGCGACUGUCCUAUUUUCUACAUGCGCAUGAAGGCCAAGAAGGACGUGGAGGACUCUCAAAAGGAGCUAGGUCGGUUUGAUUUUGACGCGGGUGCAUGGUGA